AAAUUUAUAUUUUAUAUUACAGUAUAUUUAAAAUGAGUUGCCUUAAUAUUCAACAUUUUGUAAAAUUAUUUUUACUAUUAGCAUGUAUAACGCUAAGUCAUCAAUUUUAUGUUCCUGGAAUGGCACCUACUGAUUUUAAAAAGGGUGAUCAAAUAGAAGUAAGAGCUGUAAAAAUGACUAGUAUACAUACCCAAUUACCUUAUGAAUAUUAUUCUCUUCCCUUCUGUUUACCCAAAGGAGGUUCUGAGAAUAUUCAGUACAAAUCUGAGAAUUUGGGUGAAGUUUUAAGAGGAGACAGAAUUGUAAAUACUCCCUACAUUGUAAAGAUGGCAGAAUAUACCCCAUGUACUUUAUUGUGCAAUUCUCCUGGUAAUCCAAUCAACUGGAGUGUUAGAGAAUCUCAAGUUGUAGUAGAUAGAAUUCAACAUGAAUACUUUGUUCAUUUGUUAGUAGACAAUCUACCAGCAGCAAUUGAUGUUUUCAAUCCAGACACCAAUGAACUUCAAGUAGAACAUGGUUACCGACUUGGCAACACUGUUGGAGAUAGGAGUUUCAUCAAUAACCACCUUAAACUUAGGUUUUUGUACCAUAAUCCACAGCCCGAUGUGUACAGAAUAGUAGGUUUUCAAAUAUCCGCUAAAUCCAUACAUAUGGAUGAGUUGAAGUUUAAUGGAAAUACUUGCGACUUUCCCAGCAAACAUAAGUCUCAAGUGGUCGAUCCAGCGUCCGGUACGAAAUUGUAUUUUACAUACGAGGUGGAAUGGAAAGAAUCGUCAGUGAGUUGGGCUUCAAGAUGGGAUACCUACUUGGCCAUGACAGAUGCACAAAUACACUGGUUUUCAAUUAUAAAUUCGAUCGUCGUCAUUUUCUUCUUGUCUGGCAUCCUCACCAUGAUCAUGGUUCGAACACUUCGACGAGAUAUUGCGAAAUAUAAUGCAGACGAAAGUUACGACGAAACAAUCGAAGAAACUGGUUGGAAGUUAGUACACGGAGAUGUUUUCAGACCUCCACGUAACUCGAGAUUGUUUGCUGCUCUUGUUGGAUCUGGAAUUCAAAUAUUUUUGAUGUCUCUUAUAACGAUAUUUUUUGCUAUGUUAGGAAUGCUAUCACCAGCGUCUCGAGGUGCUUUAACCACAGCAGCUAUUACCUUCUAUAUGAUCCAUGGAGCUGUAGCAGGCUAUCUAUCAGCUCGUCUCUAUAAAACCAUGAAGGGCAGAGAGUGGAAAAGGGCCGCCUUUCUUACAGCUGUGCUAUAUCCCGCUGUAGUCGGUGGGACUUGUUUCUUUUUAAAUUUCUUUAUUUGGGGAAAAGCCAGCAGCGGUGCAGUCCCGUUUUCCGCUAUGAUCAAUCUUUUGUUGAUGUGGGUAUUCGUAUCGCUACCUUUGGUAUACUUAGGGUAUUACUUCGGAUAUAGAAAACAGCCGUACCAACAUCCGGUCAGAACAAAUCAGAUACCAAGACAAGUUCCUGAACAACACUGGUAUAUGAAUCCCUUAUUGUGCACACUGAUGGCAGGAAUAUUACCAUUUGGAGCAGUAUUUAUAGAACUCGUUUUUAUAUUCACGGCCAUAUGGAAAAAUCAGUUCUACUAUCUUUUCGGAUUCCUCUUCUUAGUUUUCGUCAUAUUAAUAAUAUCUUGUUCUCAAAUAUCUAUUGUGAUGGUGUAUUUUCAACUGUGCGGAGAGGAUUACCACUGGUGGUGGCGCAGCUUCAUCGUAUCCGGUGGCAGCGCCCUCUACAUUUUAGGAUACUCACUAUUUUACUUUAUGACAGUUUUAGAAAUAACAGAAUUCAUACCGACGUUACUUUACAUAAGCUACACCGGACUGAUGGUUUUCACUUUUUGGUUACUCACCGGAUCUAUAGGGUUCUUCGCUGCAUAUGCUUUCGUUAGAAAAAUUUACGCGGCCGUCAAGAUUGAUUAAGUGCAUGUUUAGUUUUAUUGCGCAUUAUUUAUUUGUGUGCACCGAUAGUUUUGGUAAUUCAAUAUUUUUAAGGCUCUGUGAUUUUUAGGAUUACAACUAAAACCUAAUACGAAAUAUUUUAUUCUUGUUAUCACAAUUCGUGUAUGAGUGAUGAUAUGGUAACGUUUUAAGACUUUUGCGUUUAUUAAAAUUUAUUUUAGAAGUUAGUGUUGCUUUUCUUAUCGAUUAUGUUAUAUUGUAAAAGAUGAUACGUUAAGAAUAAGAGGCACAGAAUAAUUAUGCAUUUCUGGCUUCACAGCAAUACUCUGGGACAUUGUAUUAUAUAAAUGGAUGGACUUCAUCUAAUUAUAAUUUUUCAAACUAAGCAGUUAAUAGGACAGAAUGUCGAGAAACAGAGUGUAACAGUUUUGUUUGUAAAAAUGUACUUAAAUGUCUCGUUUAAAUAUUUUUAUACUUUGUGUGAGUAAAAAAAUGUAAACCCUUAAUUGAAAUUCAUUUACUGAUUCAGUAUUCAUAUCUAAUGAUUUCAGAAGUUGAAAGUAUUCCAAAACUGUAAAAUGAAAGGUUUUUUAUAUCCUCGACUAACAUCAUAUUGUUAGACAGUUGAGGAACAUGUUCCAUUCAGCGCAAAAAGAGGUAGAAAGACAUAAAGGAAAAAGACGGAUCAGAGUCAAGAUAAAAUAUGGUAGCUGUAAUAUUUAAACAAAAUAAAUGUAUUUCAUCCU